UUCUCAGGUGUGUGUGAGGGUGUAUGUGCGCGUCGGGAUGGUUUUGCCGACUCUCUUACCUUUCGGCCCAUAGCAGCGAAGAAGGCUAAGAAUCCCGAAUGCCUCCCACCCUAAACCAUGGGCACUGUGCUGUCCAGGGCUGAUAAAUGCCGUUUAGUCUCCUCCACUGGGCUUCGGAGGUCCGUGCCUGGAGAACGCAGUGCCCCCUGCAGUGAGAUGAAUGGCACGGCCAAGCUUUCACACCUCUCAGGCACUCAGACUAACAAUGAAGAGGAGCUGUUGGUUCCUGCUCUUCCCGAGAAAACAAACAUAGAGAGGGGCUAUGUGACCCCUCAACAGGUGUAUAACCUGCUAAACGCUGAAGCUGGUGAGCCUGCACUUCAUGACCCGUACUACAUUCUCAUACUGGACUGCCGCUCCGCAGACAGGUAUAAGCAGAGUCAUCUGGUGACGGCACGUGCAAGUGUGACAGUAAUUCACCCUGAGCUGGGCUGUUUGAUAAGCUGCGUCCAGCUACAGGAGUUCUCCAUUAUUCUGCUAUAUGCAGAAGAGGGACACAGCCCAGUAGGCAGUCAGGAAGCCCGUGCUGACAGCCCCACUCUUCAGCACUGUUUCUUCCAACUGAGUGCUCUCGGUAUGGACCCUGUGAUCUUACUGGGUGGAUUUUCGGCCUUCCACUCCCUCUACCCCUUCCUGUGCACACCACGCAUGGUCCUUCUCGAGUCUGAGCGCCGCCUACUCACCAUAUAUCCCUCCGAGAUCCUGGAGGGGGCGCUGUACCAAGGUUCUGCCUCCCAGGCCCACGAUUACCGCAUCAUCAAGAACCUCCAUAUCACACAUGUUGUCAAUGCUACCGCUGAAAUUUCUGACGCCUUCCCAAAUGUCCUGCGGUACCUGCGGCUACGGCUCAGUGAUGACGCCCAGCAGGACCUUCGGCAGGCCCUUCCCGAAGCUUCCCGGUUCAUUGCAGCAGUUCUUCGGGGGUCUCCGGGAUCACCCGGUGGGCGUGUCCUAGUGCACUGCAGCCUGGGCCGCAGCCGUAGCUCGGUGUUGACACUGGGUUUCCUGAUGGAACAGCGUCGCUGGUCCCUGCUUCAUGCCUUCCGCUGGCUCAAAGAAAGGCGCACAUGUGCUGCACCCAAUGCAGGUUUUCUCCGACAGCUCUUGGACUAUGAGGAGCAGCUGUUCGGGCAGCGUCUCACCUCACUGGACGAUAUCCGGCUCUGA